AUGCCUGACAGGGAGGUGGGUGGAGGUGAAGGUGGAGGUGGAGGGAGGGUUGUGAGGGAGCGCAGGAGAAAUUUGGCAAGUGCCCUCGAAAAGAAAGAGCAGGAGAAGAGAUGGUUCAGUUCUGAGGACGCAGCAGAGGAGCUGAAGACGGAUCAUCAUGAGGAUGGAGCUUUUAUCCAGGAUGAAAGCUGCUGGGGUCAUUACGCUGACGAUGAUGAUGAUCAGCCUUCAUCAGAUUUAUUCUUCUUCUGCUCAGAAGCCAAAGGAACGCCUCCAAACACCGAAAACACAAACCACAAGUUCGCUGUGUGGCAGCAGCGCCGAGUUAAGCUGUGUUUCAACAGUGAUUGUGAGGAGUGUCCACCCACUCACGAUCUGCUGAACUCGCUGCGGCAGGUGGAGAAGAUGCUGGCGGUCCAUGAGACGUCCUACCAGCAGGGCCUGCGCUCCCUAAAGAAGAAGAUUAGUGCCCUGCACAACAGUGGAUUAAGAUUAUCUCAGACAGAAAUGUUUUGCCUUCCAGCAUCCUGCCCCAAACCGGAUCCCCCCGCUCACGGCCGCAGACUGGGCAGGGUGUUUGGCAUCGGACACGAGGUCCACUUCCUGUGCAAGUCCGGCUAUGAGCUGAUUGGUCCUCGGACCCGAGUGUGUCUGGAGUCUCUGAAGUGGAGCGGUCAGCAGCCCAUGUGCAGACGCCUCAACAGCACCGCCAACUCCCUCCCCUCCUUCUCUCCCGCUUCUCCCUCCUCCUCCGCCUCCUCUUCAUCAUCAUUUCCUGCUUCUGCUGCUCUGUCAGCAUCCUCUUCAGCAACUUCACUUUCUCACCAAUCACCCACGUCAUCCUCUCCCUCCUCUUCAGUACGACCCUCUCACUGCACACACUUCCUGGGCUCCACCCGCUGCACCUGUGACGUGGGCUUCACCAUAUCAGGCCGUGACAACAACAUCUGCACAGAUAUCGACGAGUGCCAUCUGUUUCCCCUCGGUCAGCCUGGCCGGCUCUGCGUCCAUCAGUGCGUGAACACACCCGGCAGCUUCCACUGCAUCUGUCCGUCCGGGUACGACCUGACCAGAGAUGGCCGCGGCUGCACAGACAUUGACGAGUGUGAAAACCGGAUGCACAACUGCACAGCAGACCAGCUGUGUGUGAACACCUACGGAGGUUUCCAGUGCGUGACGGUGGAGUGUCCUCGCAUGAAAAACGCCACGUACAUCAAAACAUCGUCCAUGCGGUGUGAGAGGAACCCGUGCAUGCUGGGAGACAAGCCAUGCACUCAGGCACCAAACUCCAUCUCCUUCCACUUCCUCUCUGUAGUGUCCAACAUGUCCGCCCCGCGCAUCCUCUUCCGGGUGUCUGCCGCUCGCGUGCUGGGCGACACGCUGCGAUUCGGCCUCGCCGGUGGUCGCGGCCGGGGCCACUUUAGUGUGCAGCGCUCGGGCAGACAGACGGGCACCCUCCUCCUGGUGACGCCCAUCAAGGGGCCGGCCACGCUAGAAGCCGAGGUGGAGAUGAGCGAGCUGGAGCACAACACCCUGCUGGGCCGCUACCUCACCAAGGUCACCCUGUUCGUGUCUCCGUACGAGUUUUAGAAAGGAAGUGAUGACGGUUACCCGGGGUUUGUAGAAGGAGAUAAGCUGAACUCUGACUGUACUGAUGAAGACGUUUCAGGGCAGGAUGAAGAGUGGACGUGGAA